UAGGGAAGCUUUCAGAACCUUUCCUGAUUUUUUUUCUUUAGUGGCAUUCAGAGGAAGACCAGAGGAUGAAAACCCUGCAUUUUCUCACUUUACUGCUUUGGCCUCUGACUUGACUGUCUGUAUCUAGUUCCUGGAGCGCUGAGUAAUUCUGAAACAGGCCAGAGUAAUCCAGGAUCUAAACUAGGUUUUUCAAAAGCAGAAGAAAAAGAGAGGAAUCCCUCCUCACGGGCAGGUACACUGAGGACUGCAAGCCAUGGAUAUAUUGCUGGCACCUCAAAGGCCAGGACUAAAAGCAGUGCUGUUCAGGCUGGAGCUCUGCUGGCCAAGAACGAUGAAUCAAAGAAGGUUCUCUCAAGAACAGCAGCCACGGAGGGCAAGGUAGGACAUCUUCCCAGCAAACCUUCUGGAGUAAGGACAGUGACUCCAAAGGUUCAGAAUAUUAGCAGCAAGGUGGCUUUGAAAAAAAAAAACCUGUCACAAGCAGUACUGACACUGGUUCUUUCAAAACCAAAAAGACUAAAGAGCCUGUAACCCACAGGGAAACUAAGGAAACUUUCAGACACUCUCCUAUAAUGCCACAUGAAUACACGCUCUCUUUGCACAAGACUCUCUCAGAUGCAGAAAGAAAAGGUGUUAAUGGAAGUGUAAAACUGGAGACUGGACUCGCCAACACAAUAACCAGCUUAGACAAAGGACAAGAUGAGCGAGCACCAACUGUAAGGAAGAAAAAAUACAUCUUUGAAAUCACUGCAUUGGAAAAGGAUGGUUUUCUGGGAGCAGAGCUUCGAAUAUUGCGGAAAAAGCCUUCUGAUACGUGGAAGUCUCAUUCUUAAAAGACAUCUCAAGUGAAAUUGUUUAGUUGCUCUACAAACAGACAAGCAGCAACGCUCCUGGACUCUCGUACUGUCAGUAUCACAGAUACGCUGAAGUGGGAAGUGUUUGACAUCUGGAAACUUUUCAGGAACUUUGAAAAUUUGGUUAACUUGUGUUUUAAACUGGAAACUUUUGGCAGGGGGAGAGCUGUUGAUCUCAGGACUGUGGAUUUUAAUAGAACAGAAAGACAGGUCGAUGAAAAGGCUCUCUUCUUGGUAUUUGGGAGGAAUAAAAAAAGAGACUUAAGUCAUAUGUCUCAAGGAUAG